AUGGCCGACAAGAAAACCACCCCCGAGCCGUCGGGGCUGGAGCCUGGUCCGCCCGCCUACAACUCGGACGAGAGCGAUGGCAGCACCAGACACCGUGAAGUCUAUGCCUACACUGAGGAUCGCAAGAUUGGUAUCACAGGCGCUGUCUUCCUCAUCUUGAACAAGAUGAUCGGUACCGGCAUAUUUUCAACCCCCUCUGGCGUCUUCGCGGCGACCGGCUCUGUUGGCAUCAGUCUCAUGCUCUGGGUCAUUGGCGGAAUCCUCACAAUGUGCGGUAUUAUGACUCUGCCUACCCCCGUCACUGAGGCGAAACUUGGUCGCUUACCCUCACCAGGUCACCCUAAAUACCUUGCGACGUGUGUUCUUGCCUCGCAGAUGAUCCUGCUUGGCUUCUCGUCUGGAAAUUCCCUCGCUUUCGGUCGAUACGUCCUCUUCGCUUCCGGCAGCGAAAGUCCCGAUGGCUGGGCAGCUCGGGGCAUCGCCGUCGCCUGCGCGACCUUUGCGACCUUUCUUCACGCCGUCGCGCCCAAAUGGGGACUGCGCCUCAUCAACGUCCUCGGCGUCUUCAAAGUCGUCAUCCUGCUGUUCAUUGUCUUCUCGGGCUUUGCCGCUCUCGCUGGCCACCGCCGCGUCCCUGAUCCCGACAACUUCAGCAACGCGUUCCGCAUCGAAGAAGGAGACGGAUACGGCAACGGCGGUGCCUACGGCUACGCGACCGCGCUGCUGCGCGUCGUGUACAGCUACAAGGGAUGGGAGAAUGCCAACUACGUCGUCGGCGAGCUGAAAGACCCCAAGCGGACGCUGUCCAUUGCGGCACCCCUCGCCGUCGUCGGCGUGACGAUCCUCUACGUCCUCGCGAACAUUGCUUACUUUGCCGCCAUUCCCAAGGGCCAGCUCGCGACGUCUGAAGCCCUUGUUGCUGGCGUUUACUUCCGGAACAUCUUUGCCCACGCCCGUCUCAACCAGGAGUUUGCCAGGGAGGGCCUCCUCCCCUUCAGCCGCUUCUGGGCCUCCAACCGGCCCUUCAACGCGCCCGCCGCCGCCCUGUUCCUGCACUGGAUCGUCACCGUCAUUGUGCUCGUCGCGCCGCCGGCCGGCCCCGCCUACAAUUUCAUCGUCGAUCUGUACACCUACCCCGGCCCCUGGGUCCUCACGUUUGUCUGUGCCGGCCUUAUUUACCUGCAGUGGACCGAGAAGGAGAACUGGUCAUCGCCGUGGCACACGUACCUGCCCAUUUCGGUCUUGUAUCUCCUGGCCAAUGCGUUCUUGUGCAUCGUGCCCUUUAUCCCGCCGACGGGCUCGUCGGAUCCGGACGGAUACCCGUACUACGUUUUCCCUGUCGUUGGUGUCGGCGUUUUGCUUCUCGGUGCCUUUUGGUGGCUAUGCUGGACCAAGAUUUGGCCGUCCAUCGGGGGGCAUAAGAUUGUGGCGGAGAGGGAGUACGAUGAGCAAGGUCACGAAGUCAUCAGGUACAAAAAGAUCAGCACGCGAGGGCAUGUUGGUCCGGUAGAAUAA